AGCGCAGCAGCCAAUCGCCUGCUCCAUCACCUGACCGCUAUUUGAAUAUUGAUGGUCGAGUCCCUCUGCCAGCAGCACACUGGCCCUCCUCUCUAUGUGUUGUUGAUGUGUGUGUGACAUUGUCUGGCUGAGAUCAUCAACACAUCACCGACAGAUUCCGACCACAAGCAAAAAAUGUCCUCACUGCUGAAGCCGUUUUCGGUGUGUGAGGGGCCGUGUGAGAGCUCCUGUGUGAGGAGAGGAUCGCCGAGCUCUGCGCCCCAUCAGCCGCCCCCUUCAUCCCGGUGUCUGGCUGCGGCUGCUGCCGCCUCGGGGAUGGGCUCUCUGCCGGCUCACCAGCGGUCGUACGCGGCGAGGAGAAACCUGGCGGCGGCUGCAAUCGGAGGGAGGAAACUAACGCAUCCUGGGAAGGCUAUCCUUGCAGGUGGCAUUGCUGGAGGAAUAGAGAUCUGCAUCACAUUCCCAACAGAAUACGUCAAAACCCAGCUGCAGCUGGACGAGAGAGCCAACCCACCGCGGUACAGAGGAAUCGGUGACUGUGUGAAGUUGACUGUGCAGGAUCACGGGCUCAGAGGGUUGUACCGAGGCCUCAGCUCCCUGCUAUAUGGAUCGAUACCCAAGUCUGCAGUGAGAUUCGGCACAUUUGAAAUGCUCAGCAACCCGAUGCGAGAUGCAACGGGUCGACUAGACAACACGCGGAGCCUCCUCUGUGGUUUAGUGGCUGGUAUAGCAGAGGCAAUUGUAGUUGUGUGCCCAAUGGAAACACUAAAGGUGAAGAUGAUCCACGACCAGUGUUCCCUCAGACCUCGUUAUAGAGGAUUCUUCCAUGGAGUUAGUGAGAUUAUUAGAGAACAGGGAGUAAGAGGGACGUAUCAGGGUCUGACAGCAACGGUACUGAAACAAGGAACCAAUCAGGCCAUCCGGUUCUAUGUGAUGAAUCUGCUUCGUAAUUGGUACAAAGGUGAUGACCCUAGAAAAGAAAUGCACCCGAUCGUCACAGCUAUGUUUGGAGCGACAGCGGGAGCUGCUAGUGUCUUUGGAAACACGCCUCUGGAUGUGGUGAAGACGCGGAUGCAGGGUUUGGAGGCGCAUCGUUACAAAAACACAGUGGACUGUGCCUUCCAGAUCUUAAAGCAGGAAGGACCGCAGGCGUUUUACAAAGGAACUGUUCCCAGACUGGGCCGGGUGUGCUUGGAUGUGGCCAUAGUCUUCGUCAUCUAUGAGGAGGUGGUGAAACUUCUCAACAACGUUUGGAAGACGCAGUAAAGGAGGGAGACAGGGGGACAGAGAGAAGCACAGACCAGUGCCUCAUGCUACGCACAACUCAACACCUCUAUCCUACUUCGCACUGGUUCUCUGCAUCGCCCUGAGCAGAUGACGCUUCAUCUUUACCAGUUUGAAUAUGAAAAUCCGUGAUUUAAAGGACCUGCCCGCAACACAGAGACAGCAAAAAAGGAGAUACGCUCUGACGACAGUUUUUAGACGAGGCUUUGGAAUCAAGAGGAAUCACUCUAUGUAGGGAAACAGAAAAAGGAAAAAGAAGCAGGGAAAUGCGUUAUCCUGAGUGUCUGACCAAAUUUGGAGACUGUUUUCGGUCUUUUAACCACAAAAUUUAGUGAACUUAGAGAGGAGCACGCAUUUUAAUAACCAAAGUUUAGAACUUUAGGAAGAGAGGCGAAGAAAGUGAACUUAGCAGGUUAAAAAGGGACAUUAUGUAUAUCUGGUGUUUUAGCUUUUUAUGACUGUUGUUGCUAUACCUGUUGUAGAGUGAACACUUAGAGCCAAACCAUACAUGUGUCUUGAGUCACUGAGAACUUGCCAUGACUCGCACACGAUACAGAGCAUAGAACAGACGAUGUAAACAGGCUGUUGUAAUUAAAGCUUACUUGACUGUGUUUGUGGCCUCGUCAAACUAAAACCAUAAACAGUGUUUCCCUCGCUGUGUCGUGCUAAUGGGCUUUGGAUAGCUUGCGUUGUGCAUUUUUGCAUUUCUGUUGACGACAGAGCCAGGCUGCGUUUUGUGCUAUGUAUCUUGAUGUCGCAGCUGUCCUGUUGCACGCUGACAGAGGCUUUUUGAGGCUACACAAACUGGUCUGGGGUCUGUUUCUCUGCUGCUAGUUAUUUAACCAUGAUAGAAGUAGUUACGAUGCUGAGUUACGCACAUAUUUUAGGAAACCAAAUUAUAUGUAGCACAAUCUUCACAUACAGUCUUACAAUUAGGGGAUGAGUGAGUUUAUUAAGAGGAAUUAGUGAGCUGAUUGUUGCCAUGGGGGGGGGGGAAUAACACCAUGCAACUAGAAAUACAGUUGAGAUUGUACAGCUGUAUGUGAAGGCUUUACUCGGGAACAUUUGAGUGUUUAAGACUCUUACAGACGGAAAUAUUUGAGUUAUUUCACCUCUACAGAAAACAUUUUAACUCGUCAGACUCAUUUUCUCCUGCCCCUUUAAUCAAUCAUCCAACACUCUCCUUUAAUCCGACAUUAUGUCACUUUAUUUUUUUUUUACCUCAAGCUUUCCUAUGCUUUUUGUAUGCUAACAGAUGAACAUGUUAUUUAGCUGUCAUUGAUUGCACUUGUUCUUGUCAAAUGUAGUGUUUACAUGUGUUGAGGGAUAUUAAAUGGACAGUCGAUGUUUCAGAGGCGUGAUAAAAUAAAUGAUAGGACUAGGGCAAGGCUUGGUUUUGAUAGACCUAGUUGCACCAUACAGCCUUGCACAGAAGCCUUUAACUCCUUGUUGCCAAACUACUGCAGAAUAUCCAAUGUAACAUCCCUGAUAGGUGCAGGUCUUUAUUACAUUUUUAAGAGCUACAGAGUAUUGUUUAAUCUUUAUGUCUCUACUGUUUUUGUUUUUUUCAUUAACUGAAGCACAUUUUUACUUUAUGACUGUGUUCAUGCUUUGCUGCUUUUCAGAAACAGGCCAACAUCAUGUGUACCCAAAACAGCAUAUCUGAUCUGAAGUCAUCACGGACAUUAUGGAAGGAUGAUGGAGGAUUUUAUGUGUUAGAGAAAAGUUGUUGGUUUAUCAGAAGCAUUUUGUUGGGAGUUACAUGACCUGAUGUGGAAACUGCUGAUGAAACAUGUAGACAUAACAUCGUUUCAAUAAACCUGUGAUUUAUAUAUCA